AUGGAUUCCAAUUUACAUACUGUUCGAGACAAUGUCCAUGAACUCGAAACCCGUUUUGAUAAGUUACGUAACGAAGUUAUUUUAAAGUUAAAUGAAUGUAGUGAUUGUAUCAAAUCUGCAAAAUACUUAUGCCAUCAAGCAAAAGAAAUAACUACCGUCUUAGAAAACAAGUUAAUUAAUACAUCGAAUGAAGAAAAAGAAUGGAAAGAUAUUAAAGUUAAAUUAGCAACAACAUCUAUGAAAGGCAUGGUCAUACUCAAUGUAGGAGGUGAUAAAUAUACCACAAGUAUUGAGACAUUAACAUGUGAAAAAAAUACUUUUUUCACAGCACUUUUCUCUGAACAAUGGCAACUCGAAAAAGAUCCUGAUGAUCGAAGUAUAUUCAUCGAUCGAAAUGGUACAAUUUUUACUUAUAUUCUUGAAUAUUUACGUACAAAUAUGUUGCCAGAUAAUGUUAUGAACGAUAAAUCACUUCUAAAACGUCUUAUUGUUGAAGCCGAAUAUUUUCGUUUGCAUAGUCUAAUGGAUAGAUUAGGCGUAAUAUAUUUUCCAAAUGGAUCAUUACUGGAAUUAGUACAUCAGAAAAGGUUGAAUGAAUUUUAUGGCAAGAUUUAUCAACGAUGGGAAUUAAUCUACAAAGCAUCACGUGAUGGAUUUGAUGGCAAUACAUUUCAUUCACAUUGUAAUAAUAAAGGACCAACAAUGACAAUCAUAGAAACAAAUAAUAAUUAUCUGUUUGGAGGUUAUACAGCUAUAUCGUGGACAUCAGGUAAUCAUUCAUAUAAGAAUGAUACUACAGCAUUUUUAUUUACUUUGAUCAAUCCUCAUAAUAUUUCGCCGACUAAAUACUUGAUCAAUCCUCGUCAGAGAGGAUGUGCAGUUUAUCAUCAUCGUGAUGAUGGUCCAAUAUUUGGAGGUAUCGGCUAUUUCCCACCAUUUCGAAGUGAUAAUGAUAUCGCCGUGAAAAAUGAUAGUAAUUCGAACAAUGCUAGCUACAUCGAUUUCCCUUUUUCAUACCUUGAUACAACUGGAAAGGGUAAUAAUACAUUUACUGGAGCUCGAAAUUUUACUACAUCUGACAUUGAAGUUUUCAAAUUAGCUUAA